AUGGUUCAAUGGGGCAUAAAUCAAGGAAAUUGUAUCCCCAUUAGUUGCAUAAUUAACAUUUAUGAAGAAGGGGAUUGUAUCCCUCCGCAUAUUGACCAUCAUGAUUUUGUUCGUCUGUUUUGUACGGUCUCCUUCAUAUCGGAGAGCAGUAUGCUGUUCAGUACAGAUAUAGAGAUAAUCGGUCCAGGUGAAUUCCAAGGACCUGUUGAAAUUUCUUUACCAAGAGGAUCCGUUAUGAUUCUGAAAGGAAAUGGAGCCGAUAUAGCAAAACAUUGCAUUCCGGGAGUCCGACACUGUCGAGUGUCGAUAACUUUCAGAAGGAUGAGUGACGACAAAACUCCAUACGGAAUUCAGCCAGAUCUGGAACUUGAAAAGUUGCAGCCAUAUGAGUUAUAA